CCCUGUAGUUAAGUCAGCUGUUUGUGUGAGACUGAAAUCAGUCUUCUCUCUCACUGGAUGUGUUUUCUUCCUGUUUUAGAAAAGAAGCAUGGCAGCAAGAAUUAGCAAUGACUUUCAGCUGGUUAUUCCUGAAAGAGGUGAAAGAGUUAAGAUUAAUGCGGGAUCUACUCUCACUGUGUCAUGCCACUUGUCUCCUGCACUCAGUGCUGUUGACAUGGAGAUUACUUGGUUUGGUGAGAUGUCUUGUAUUUGUGCCUAUAAGAACCGAGAGAUGACACAGAGUGUUGGCUAUGAGGGCAGAGCGAGUCUGUUCAUUAUGACCUGUCGAGAGGGAAUGGUCUCUUUAAGAGUGGCAGACUUCAGAGAAUCAGAUCUGGGAGUUUACAUGUGCAGAGUCGUCAGUAGAAAUGAAACACAGCAGAUAACAGUAGAUGUAGCAGAAGAAGUCUCUGCUAUUUUCAAGGACCAGAGCUUCUUUACAGUGAAUCACAACAUGGGAGAAACAAGCAACAAGUCAGAGCAUCACUGUGAUUCAGACAAUCAGCUUGAGGAUUACAAGAUUGGAGAGGCAAUAUAUCAAUUAUCAAUCCACUCUGCAUAUCACAGUGCUUCAGGGAAGGAUCAGUGUAAGGUAUGUGUGAAUGUCAUAUCAAGUCUGGUUAAAAGCAGCUGCACAAUUUUAAACAAUGAAAAAACAUAA